AUGUUGGAGGUAUAUUUUGUAACUCAAACUUCUGCAAAAAUUGAUUUCUAUACUACUCAGUUGCAAAAUUAUAAGAAAGGUCAUUUAUCAGUUAAUGAAUAUCUUCUUCAAAUUAAAACUCUUGUUGACAAACUUGGGUCUUUUGGUCAUAGAGUUUCUAUCAAAGAACAUGUAGCUGAAAUCUUCAAAGGAUUGCCUUUAAUCUAUGAUACAUUUAUUAUCUCUGUCAAUUCUAGAAAUGAUCAAUAUUUGAUUGCUGAGAUAGAGACGUUGUUAUUGUCUCAAGAACAUCAAAUGGAAAGUCAUACAAGGAUCUUGAUUCAGUUAAUUUGGCUACUAAAUGUGGUUUUAUACCAAAACCACAAUGUGCUCCACAAUUUUCUCAUAAUGCAGACAACAACAUUCCUAAUCAAGGUCAUGGAUUGUGGAAUCCUUAUGCUGUCUCCUCGAGAGUAGGUGCUGCAAAUGUAAACAAGAAAUCAAUCAAUGUGGCCACUGCAGACAAAGUCACAGAUGAAGCCUAGUACCCAGACUCAAGAGCAACCUCUCAUUGCACCCCUAAUUCUGCCAAUUUCUCCCUAAAACAACCAUACUUUGGUCAAGAAUCGGUGCACAUGGGUGAUGGUGAUGGCUUCCCCAUUCAAAACAUAGGUAAUACACUCUUUCACAUUUCAAACUCAAUCAAACCUUUGUUUCUUAAUUGAAUGCUACAUAUGCUUCAUUUCACAAAAAAUCUAAUUUCUGUAUGUCAAUUUGCUGCUAACAACAAUGCUUUUUUUGUGUUUUAUCCUAAGCAUUGUUUCAUCAAAUAGUAGGUUUCGAAGGAGACAUUUGUUGAAGGUCAUCUUAAACAAUGUCUCUAUUUCAUAGAUCUCACUCAACUCAAAAAGUCCAACAAUGUCUCUAUUUCAUAGAUCUCACUCAACUCAAAAAGUCCAACUUUGUUUCCUCUUUCAAUUCUAAUAAAGUGUACACUAUUGCCAAUACAAAUGUUCCAUCCACUUCUCAUUCUCAAUGUAAUUUCUUUUCUUUGUGGCACAAAAAGCUUGAACAUCCUUCUGCUAAAGUCGUAAUUGUCAUAAUGGUCAAAUGUAAUACCUCAAAGAAAUAAAAGUGUCACUGAUUUUUGUGAUGCAUGUUGUAAAGGCAAAAUACACAAGUUCCCUUUUCC